GGAAAGUUCUCCACACAGACAGAAACCAAACGUGGGUGACGGUGCUUGGACUACAAGGAUGAGCGAGCAGCAGCAGCAGGAACAGCAGCAACAGCAGGUGGGUGAGAUGGAGGGUCACUCGGCGUGAGGGUCUCGUCUGAACUGGUUGGGGUGCCUGCCUUGUGUGUUUCCCCUGUGUUGUGGUGUGGUCCACCUGACAGGUUCUGUGUGCCAACGGGUGUGGGUUCUUCGGUUCGGCGUCGACGAGGAAUCUAUGCAGCAAGUGUUGGAGGCAAGUGGUCCAGGAAGAGAAGGCCGAGGGAGCCAGUAGGCCCUCAGAGAAGCUCCAGGGCCUCGACAAGGCCCUCACCGCUGACAAGACUGCCCCUCCCAACGAUAGCAGUUCCACUGGCAACGGUGCGGCGUCAUCAGCGGCCUCGGAUGUCGCUGGCGCGUCCACCAAGCCUGAGGAGGUCAAGACGGCCGCCGAGGGCGAUGCCGACAAACCCGACAGGCCCGUACAGGUACCUGCCAACGCACAUAACCUACAGGCGGCUGACACUGCCGAUACAUGUGCACAACACUGCUGUUCGCUUGUGUGGUGCACCCAUCCCUCAGGUGAACAAGAACCGCUGCUGGAAGUGUCGGGCUAAGAUCGGCUUGUUGGGUGAGACGCACACACGUCGCACAGGCAAUGUGUGCACGGUUUGAUGCACAGAGAUCCCUCGCUCACCGACGUGAGGGCGGUUGGGUGGGUCGUUCUCACCGGGUUCGUGUGUGAUGUGCCCACCUACCAGGUUUCGAGUGUCGAUGCGGGUACUUUUUCUGCGGGACACAUCGCUACGCAGACAUGCAUGAGUGUGACUUUGACUGGAAGGUGAGCCCAACCACACACAUCGCACCACACCACACUCUCAUUCGGCGUCACGCACCCUGGGGGGCUCUGGCUAUGUACGCAUGUGUCCAGAACUUCGAGCGUCAGAACCUGGCUAAACUCAAUCCGGAGGUCGCGCCGUCGAAGCUGGAGCGGAUCUAGAUAAG